AUGAGUGCUAUAUGUUGGAACUGUCGAGGGCUUGGGAACCCUCGGACAGUUGGCACGCUCCAAAAAUUGGUUUUGGAGGAAGAUCCCACCUUGGUGUUCCUUAUGGAAACCAAGUUUAACGUGGAGGAAAUGGUGGAGAUAAAACGGAAACUGGAAAGAAGCCAAGGCUUGGUCGUCCCUAGUGUUCGCAGGAGUGGGGGUUUGGCCCUGUUAUGGAAGGAGUCGUUACUAGUGGAUGUGCAAACCUUUUCCCCGAGACACAUAGACGUGAUUGUCACGGAGGACGCUGGGAAAAUGAAAUGGAGGUUCACCGGGUUCUAUGGCAAUCCGGAAACGCACAAAAGAGAGGAAUCAUGGUCGCUUUUGGUAAGUUUGAGCACAAGGUGUGAUCUCCCUUGGGUUUGUAUGGGAGACUUCAACGAGAUAUGUCACAGGGGAGAAAAGACAGGAGGGGGUGAGAGACCCGAAUGGCAGAUGAGUGCAUUCCGAUCAGCGAUAAACAGAAGCAAACUUAGGGACAUGGGCUGCGUAGGCCCAGAAUUCACUUGGAGUAGGCGGUUAAGGGCUCGGGGUUGGGUCCGUGAGAGACUUGAUCGGGCCUUGGUCUCCACAAACUGGGCUGGUUUGUUUCCGGGAGUAAGACUAUACAACAGAGCCACUUGCUCUUCAGACCAUAACAUACUGAUUCUCAAAACCCUCCCUCCUAAAAGUAGAAGCAAAAGGCAGCGUUUAUUCAGGUUCGAGGCAAUGUGGAUAAAGAAGGAUGAUUGUGCAGAAGUAGUGAAAGAGGCUUGGGAGAGAGGUCAAAUGCUAGGGUUGCAAAAUCAGUUCAGGCUGUGCAUGGAUGAAUGCAGGUCAGCUUUGCAAAGCUGGAACAAAACUAACUUUGGCCAUGUUGGACGGAAAAUUGCCUCGCUCUCCAAGAAGCUUCAAUGGCUGGAAUGCUUGCCAGGGGGUGUGGCAAACAUGGAGGAAAUUAAUGAAACAAAAGGGGAGCUGAUCAGGAUGCUCUCGGCUGAGGAAGUGAUGUGGAAGUAG